AUGGCGGCGCUGAGCCUCACUGUCAACGCGGGGAGCCCCCCACUCGGAGCUCUGCUGACGGUGGAGCAUGUGAAGAAUAAUGUUGACAUUUCAGUGGAAGAAGGCAAAGAAACCAUCCUCCGUGUGUCCGAGCAUGUUUCAUUUACCGAUGUGAAUUCAAUAGCUCGUUAUCUGGCUAGAGUUGCUGGUUCUGCUGGGUUGUAUGGUUCAAAUCUGUUGGAACACACUGAGAUUGACCAUUGGCUGGAGUUUAGUGCUACGAGGUUAUCUACUGCCAGCCAGUUUCUUUCAGCAGUCCAAGACCUCAACCACUGUCUGUCUCUGAGAACGUACUUGGUCGGAAAUUCUCUGAGUCUCGCAGACUUGUGCGUCUGGGCUGUACUAAAAGAUAAUAACAUAUGGCAAGAGCAAUUACAGCAGAACAAAGCUCCUGUUCAUGCAAAGCGAUGGUAUGGCUUUCUUGAGGUACAGCAUGCUUUUCAGUCAGUAGGAGCCAAGUGGGCUUCUGGUACACCAAAGGUUAAAAUGGCAACAGAAAAGAAAGCGGAUGUUGGGAAGUUUGUUGAACUUCCUGGUGCAGAGAUGGGAAAGGUCAUUGUAAGAUUUCCUCCUGAAGCAAGUGGCUAUCUGCAUAUCGGUCAUGCCAAAGCUGCCCUGCUAAAUCAGCACUACCAAGUUAACUUUAAAGGAAAACUUAUUAUGAGAUUUGAUGACACAAAUCCAGAAAAAGAGAAAGAAGACUUUGAAAAGGUUAUUCUUGAAGAUGUUGCAAUGCUGCACAUCAAACCAGAUCAGUUUACAUAUACCUCAGAUCACUUUGAAACAAUAAUGAAAUAUGCUGAGAAGCUUAUUCAAGAAGGGAAGGCAUAUGUGGAUGAUACUCCUGCAGAACAAAUGAAAGCAGAGCGUGAGCAAAGAAUGGAAUCUAAACACAGAAAUAACUGUGUUAAUAAGAAUCUACAAAUGUGGGAAGAAAUGAAAAAGGGAACAGAAUAUGGACAAACUUGUUGUCUACGAGCAAAAAUAGAUAUGAGUAGUAACAAUGGAUGUAUGAGGGAUCCAACUCUUUAUCGUUGUAAAAACCAGCCUCACCCACGUACUGGAAGUACCUACAAGGUUUAUCCCACAUACGACUUUGCCUGCCCCAUUGUUGACAGUAUUGAAGGUGUCACACAUGCAUUGAGAACAACUGAGUAUCAUGACAGAGAUGAACAAUUCUACUGGAUCAUUGAGGCACUGGGCAUAAGGAAACCAUAUAUAUGGGAGUAUAGCCGGCUAAACCUCAACAACACUGUGCUCUCUAAGAGAAAGCUUACGUGGUUUGUCAACGAAGGGCUUGUGGAUGGAUGGGAUGACCCAAGAUUUCCCACUGUGCGUGGUGUCCUAAGAAGAGGCAUGACGGUUGAAGGGCUAAAACAGUUUAUUGCUGCUCAGGGCUCCUCUCGAUCUGUUGUAAAUAUGGAGUGGGAUAAAAUUUGGUCCUUUAACAAAAAGGUUAUAGACCCAGUAGCACCUCGGUACACUGCUUUACUGAAAGAUGCAGUGGUUCCAGUAAAUAUUGCUGAAGCUCAAGAGGAGAUGAAAGAAGUGGCUAAACAUCCAAAGAACGCCGAUGUUGGGUUGAAACCUGUGUGGUAUGGUUCCAGAGUUCUGAUUGAGGGUGCAGAUGCAGAGACCCUGACAGAGGGAGAGGUGGUUACAUUCAUAAAUUGGGGCAAUAUUAUCAUCACCAAAUUAAACAGAAAUUCAAGUGGAAGAAUUGUGUCCAUUGACGCCAAGUUGAACUUAGAGAAUAAGGACUUCAAAAAAACGACUAAGAUCACUUGGUUAGCAGAAACGCCACACGCUCCACUCAUCCCAACUGUCUGUGUUAAUUAUGAGCAUCUGAUCACUAAGCCAGUUCUAGGUAAAGAUGAAGAUUUCAAGCAAUAUAUCAACCGAAACAGCAAGCAAGAAGAACUGAUGUUAGGUGAUCCUUGCCUUAGGGAGUUAAAAAAAGGGGACAUCAUACAACUUCAGAGGAGAGGAUUCUUUAUUUGUGAUCAGCCCUAUGAGCCAGUGAGUCCUUACAGCUGUAAAGAUGCCCCGUGCAUUUUGAUUUACAUCCCUGAUGGACACACUAAGGAAAUGCCAACAUCUGGGUCAAAAGAGAAGACCAAAGCUGAAACUGCAAAGAAAGAGGUGAACAUGUGUUUUAGAAAAGUGCCUACUCCAACCUGUACUGUAUCUGAAGGUCACCUGGUCAUUUACAACAGGGUGUCUGCACAGGGUGAUAUAGUUCGUGACUUGAAAGCUAAAAAGGCAUCAAAGGAAGAUAUUGAUAAAGCUGUGAAACAGUUGCUGGCCUUGAAAGCAGAGUACAAAGAGAAGACGGGCCAGGAAUACAAGCCUGGAAAUCCACCAGUAACUGUAACUGAACCGUGUGUGUCUUCAAAGCUUGGGACCUCUGGUACCCUGGACAGCAAAGCUCUGUAUGAUAAAGUAGCAGAGCAAGGAGAAGUAGUCCGAAAACUGAAAGCUGAGAAAGCACCUAAGGAUGAAAUAGAUGAAGCAGUAAAACUCCUUCUUUCUCUAAAAGCUGACUACAAGGAAAAGACUGGGCAGGACUACAAGCCAGGGCAUCCACCAGUAGCUCAAGGUGCUUUGCCCCAAGCAUCAAAUGCAGUACCCAGUGGUCCAGACACAGCCGAAGCUAAAGCCCUGUUUAGCAAAGUAGCUCAUCAAGGAGAUGAAGUUAGGAAAUUGAAAUCAGAAAAAGCAGAAAAGGAAAAGAUAGAUGCAGCUGUUAAGGAACUUCUUCAGCUGAAGGCCCAGUAUAAGUCUGUUGCAGGAGUUGACUAUAAACCAAUUUCUGCUAGUAGCGCUGAUGACAAAGACAAGAAAAAGAAAGAGAAAGAGAACAAGUCUGAAAAGCAGAGUAAGCAACAGAAGCAAAAUGAUGGCCCAAAAAAAGAACCUUUGCAAGGACAGAGUGGUAAUGAGCUCUCCUCAAAUGGAUCAGGAGAGGGUCAAGGCCCUAAGAAACAAACCAGGCUGGGUCUAGAAGCUAAAAAAGAAGAAAAUCUUGCAGACUGGUUCUCUCAGGUGAUCACAAAAUCAGAGAUGAUUGAGUACUAUGAUGUGAGUGGCUGUUACGUUCUUCGUCCUUGGGCUUAUGCUAUUUGGGAAGCUAUCAAGAACUUCUUCGAUGCAGAGAUCAAGAAACUUGGAGUAGAAAACUGUUACUUCCCCAUGUUUGUGUCCCAGGCUGCCCUGGAGAAAGAGAAGACUCAUAUUGCUGAUUUUGCUCCUGAGGUUGCUUGGGUCACAAGAUCCGGGAAAACAGAUCUGGCUGAACCGAUUGCUGUACGUCCCACAAGUGAAACAGUCAUGUAUCCUGCCUAUGCAAAGUGGGUGCAGUCACACAGGGAUCUUCCUAUCAAGCUUAAUCAGUGGUGCAAUGUUGUGCGUUGGGAGUUCAAACACCCCCAACCUUUCCUUCGCACUCGUGAGUUCCUUUGGCAAGAAGGUCACACAGCAUUUGCGACAUACGAAGAAGCAGCAGAAGAGGUGAUGCAGAUACUUGAUCUGUAUGCUCAAGUGUAUGAAGAUCUCCUAGCAAUACCUGUUGUGAAAGGAAGGAAGACAGAGAAGGAGAAAUUCGCUGGGGGUGAUUAUACAACCACUGUAGAGGCAUUUAUAUCUGCCAGUGGAAGAGCUAUCCAGGGAGCAACAUCACAUCAUCUAGGGCAGAAUUUCUCAAAGAUGUUUGAAAUUGUGUUUGAAGAUCCGAAGAAACCAGGAGAAAAACAGUUUGCUUAUCAGAAUUCCUGGGGCAUUACAACUCGAACUAUUGGUGUAAUGACAAUGAUUCAUGGAGAUAACAUGGGAUUGGUGCUCCCACCUCGAGUAGCCUGUGUUCAGGUUGUAAUUAUACCCUGUGGUAUCACAAAUUCCCUUUCUGAAGAGGACAAAGAGGCUUUAUUGAAGAAAUGUAAUGAAUAUCGUAAUAGGCUGCUUAGCGUUCAUAUCCGUGUACGGGCUGACUUAAGAGACAACUAUUCACCUGGUUGGAAGUUCAACCACUGGGAACUUAAGGGUGUUCCAGUCAGGGUUGAAGUGGGACCACGAGACAUGAAGAGCCAACAGUUUGUAGCUGUUAGAAGAGACACAGGACAGAAGCUGACCUUUUCUGAACAUGAGGCAGAAGAUAGGCUGAAGCAGGUUUUGGAGGAGAUCCAUGCUAACCUUUACAACAGAGCUUCUGAGGACCUAAAAAGUCAUAUGGUGGUGGCCAAUACUAUGGAGGACUUUCAAAAAGAGCUUGAUUCAGGAAAGAUUGUACAAAUCCCUUUUUGUGGGGAAAUUGAGUGUGAGGAUUGGAUCAAGAAGACUACUGCCAGGGAUCAAGAUCUUGAGCCUGGCGCCCCCUCCAUGGGAGCAAAAAGCCUCUGCAUACCUUUUCAGCCUCUCCGUGAACUACAGUGUGGGGCAAGAUGCAUUUGCGGCAAAAACCCUGCCAAGUUUUACACCCUAUUUGGUCGUAGUUACUAAAUUACUAGUGAAAGCACCUUCUCCUUUAUCUGUGAAUUGAACUUUUUUUAAUAAGACUUAAAUAGCCCCCAAACUUAAUCAGUUUUGCGACUUUUUAAAUGAUUCAAAAAACAAAGCCAUAAACCAUAAACCCCCCCAAUUGUCAGUCUUAGGCUAGCAGUAAUUCACAGACUUUUCUGUAAACAUCUCUAAUAAUAAACAUGUAUUGUGAGCUGUAAUA